GCGCCUGCAGUUCCCAAACCAAACCAACAAACCAUCUGCUUGUUACCGUCCAUCGUUCGCUCGCUUGUGCUCGCGCUUGUUGCUUGCUUGCUUGCCUGCUUGCUUGCGCUCGCCAUCCAAGCAACCGAGCAACACCAACACCCCUCCCUUCCUUUGUUGACAAUUGUUCACUCGCCCGCGCCGACCUAAUCCCCCCCUCCUCCUCCGUGCUCUUGCUCGCUCACGGGUUACGCUUGCUUGACUUCCACAAACUUCCUUUCUUCGACGACCACUCCCACCACCAUGGAUCGCAUGGUGUGGUUGAUGCGCCAGAUGGGAGAGCCGAGGAGGGCCGACCCGGGCGACAUGGAGCUUGGCGAGGAUUGGCUUCGUGAGGAGGAGCGCGAGGACCAGCCACCGGCACCGCCACGAGCGCGACUUCGAGCAGAACCGCUGGCUGAGCCCUUUGAAGAGCCAUUGUGGAUGCGCCGCAGAAGGGCCAACCCGGCCAUGCGUCGUGCACAGAGUCCACAAACCGCGGAGCCACAGGAAGGCGAGUCUGUGGAGGCGCAGCUUCAGCGACGACGAAGAAUGAUUCCGCCGCUGCAACGCCGGUUGCCUCCCACAGUCGUCCGCGCACCCCACCCUCCACAUCCUGCACAAGCAGCGCCUGCCCCCCGCGCUGCAGAAGACCCACAACAAGCACCACAAACGCAAGCACAAACGCAAGCACAACAGCAAGAAGCACCACAAGCACAACAGCAACAGCAAGUACAACAGCAACCACAACAGGUGUUGAGGUCGGCGUCCGUGGCACUUACACGUGCCGGCGAGCCGAUGCGCGUCAACGCCGUCGUUCCACCAAAAGGGCGCGUUGGGCAUGCGCUAGUGCUUGUCGCCGGUCGGCUGCUGAGCGUUGGGGGAUCCUUCCGGUCCCUGGGCGGCGCGAACCAGGAGUUUCUCGGCUUCGACUGGGCCAAGUCUGCGUGGUACCGCCUCCCGUUGCGGGGCCCCACGGCUCGCCUGCAACGCACGGGCGCAUCCGUCACCGUGUACAUGGACCGGUACCUGGUCAUCUUUGGUGGGUUUGUGUCCUUUUGGGGCAGCUCGCACACACGGGACGUCUUGAUUGUGGACGUGCACCGGCAGGUGCUCCACGAUGAACGCUCCACCAUCACCAUCCAGGGCCCGCUGCCCCACCCGCGCGAUAAGCACACCGCCGUGUGCUACCAGGGCCGCAUGUACGUGUUUGGCGGCUGGGGCUCGGACGUGCCGGAGGCAGAGGGCUUCGUUCGCGCGGGCGUGGAGGAGGACGCGCCCAUGAGCUGCGGGUGGACCAACACCAUGCACUCGCUCGACCUCACUCCGCUGGACGCCUGGGACGGCGAGUCGAACAUCACGCUCACGUGGCGUGAGGAGGCGCCAACGGGCACCCCGCCAGCGCCGCGGGCCGCGCACUCCACGGCGCUGUAUGGGGACACGAUGGUCGUGUUUGGCGGGCGCACGCAGCCCAGUCGCACCAACGACGUGCACAGCCUGCACCUGCCCACCAUGCACUGGAGCGGGCCCUGGGAACUGACGGGGCCAACCAUCCCCGUGCGCUCGUGGCAGUGCGCCACGUUUGUUCCCCCGCACCACAUGUUCCUGCAGGGCGGCCUCAACAAGGACAGGCAGGUGCUCGCAGACACAUAUGUCAUUGACUUGCGCAACCGCCACGUGGAGCGGCUGCCGGACCACGGCCACAACCUGUGGCACGCGUCCGUGUACGUUGAGCCGUACGUGUACUACUUUGGCGGCUCGCAGACGGCGCUGCCACAGCACGGCAUGCACAACACGCUCUACCGCUGCUGCCCGCUUCAGCCCACGCUCACAGACCGGUGCCUGGAGGCGAUAGCCACCAUGGAUGAGGAGGACUUUGCGCGCAUUGAGCCCGACAUUCCAGAACUGUUUGUUGACCAAGUGCAUUUGCGUCGCACCACACACGUCGCCGCAGAACGCUGCCAGGUCGCAGAUGUGGCCGGCUCUUGAUGCUGCUGUUUUGUGUGUUUGUUUGUUUUGUUUGUUUGUUUGUUUGGUUUGUUUGUUUGGUUUGUUUGUUUGCUUGUCUGACUAUCUGUCGGUCGUUGUGUGCACGCACCUCUUCCUCGCCUGCCUCCUCUGCCCUCCUCCUCCCUCCACCCUGUCUUUCUUGUCCCUUUUUUUGCGACUCACUCUGCUUCUGUUUUGCUUUGCCGUCCAACCAUCAUACUGGCGUUGUUGUGUGUUGUGUUACCUUGGCUUAGACUGACGACCCGCACGCCCUGCGUUGCGUGUGCCUGCAUUGGUUGCUGCAAUGCACGUUCGUCAUGUGUGCGCUUGUGGCAAUCACGGCGUGCGUGCAGCGCGCACUAUCUGUUUGUACAUAAUCGAUUGAUUGGGCCCCGCUUGGUGCAAUGCCAUCCAUGAAUCCAUCCACCCGUUCAUUCGGGCAUUCAUUCCUUCACUCAUGUCAUGCAUUCGUUUACGCGCCCAGAUGCGCCGGCUUUAAUACAACAUAAUCUGCGUA